AUGGCUACAUCAGAUGCUGCAUCUCAACCUAAUCAGGAUAAAACCAUCAAUCCCACUUCCACACUCACUCACAAUCAAACAAUGCCAAUGCCUAAUCCUUCACACUUUCUUUCCCUUAAGCUCACCCCCACCAAUUUUCUUUUAUGGAAGACACAAUUUGAGCCAAUUCUAAUUUCUCAUGACCUUGAAGGUCUCAUCGAUGGAAUUGACACUGCACCACCAUCAACAGUAGGUGCGGGCAAUACCUCUCAGUCCAACCCAGAGUUUGGUGUGGGCAAUACCUCUCAGUCCAACCCAGAGUUUAUUUCUUCGCGCAAACGUGACCAAAUGCUUUGUAGUUUGAUUAUUGCAUCCUCAACUGAAGAUGUUAUGCCUCACAUAGUAGGCACCUCCACCUCCUUUCAAGCCUGGAAAGCUCUCACACAAGCUUUUGGAUCUCCUACGAAUACCCGACUCCUUCAGUUACAUACUCAACUUCAAAAUUUCUCAAAAGGCGAUCUACUAAUAGCGACUUAUCUUCAAAAGGCCAAACUCAUAGCCGAUCAACUUGCUGCUGCAGGAAAACCCCUUGAUACCAAUGAGUUCAAUGCUAUUAUCUUCCGCAAUCUAGGUAGCGAUUACAGUGAUAUGGUCACUGCCAUGUCUACCAGACUCAGUCCCAUCUCUUAUUCAGAACUCCAUAGCCUACUUGUGAGUCAUGAGAUUCGUCUUCAAGAGCAAGCAACUUACUCAACAAUUCUUCCUUCUGCUAAUAUGGUGUACAAAGGCCAAAAUUCCAAUAACACCCGGGCUCCAGCAUCUCCAAAUUUCCACAAUCAUCGAAGUCAAUCAAAUUUCAAGAACAUAUCACAUCAAAACAACCACAGGUCCUUUCAUACCAGGUCUAAUUCUUUGCACCGUGGAUUGCUCCCAACCCCACCAAAUCCUUCAAAUACAACAAGAUGUCAGAUUUGUAAUCAAACAAAUCAUUUGGCUGCUACAUGUCGAUAUCGCUAUGAUAAGCCCAAUGAUGCUUCUGCUCACAUUGCAUCCUUUCCAGCAUAUUCAAAUAGUGAUUUUAACACAGGGUUUCCUGACACUGGCGCAACUCAUCAUGUCACUCCGGAUCUUGCCAAUCUCUCCAUCGCUAAUAACUACAAUGGUCCAGAUCAAUUGAAAGUUGGUAAUGGUAAUGGGCUAAAUAUUUCUCAUGUGUGGACAUCUACCUUUUCUAAUGCCACUCGUUCUUUUAAUCUAUCUCAUAUCUUACAUGUUCCUGAUAUCACAAAGAAACUUCUUUCUGUUCAUCAAUUCUCCAAAGAUAAUAAUUGUUAUUUUGAGUUUCACCCCACUUUCUUUGUUGUGAAGGACUAG